AUGUCCGAUGCCGCAUCCGUAUCUGCCAUCUCUGUCUCCACAAUGGACGUAUCCGAGGCUCAGGCGCAGCCUGUGUUGAAGCCCCAACUUGUCACGGUUGAGAAGGCUCCCUCGCUACCCGAUAGACACCAACUACCUUCGCGGGUUGCGGCAGCUUCAGGCUCGUUAUCUCAGUCACCACCCAAGACUGCGGAUCCGGCGACUAGCUCCCAGCCUUCUGUGGACAGUGAGCUCACGGUUGAGCCUCUGUUUUCGAAGAGGAAGAGCAUUGCCGCCGCCCCGCCGGUGCCCGUUGUGCCUCCAGCUCCUGCCACUAACGACAAGUGGGCUAAGAAGCCUGCGGUGGACUAUUCUGGUGACGAUUGGGGCGAUGACCCAUGGGAUUAUGCUUGA